UGGUGUGCGUGGUGAACGCGCGAGCUGCUCAUUCCGAGAGUCCAAACCGGCUCAGCUGGAGGCGACGAGAGAGCUGCGGGCAGAACGCGCUAUUUUUCAUUAGGACUAAAGUGUCACACGCCGAAUUUUUCCAACAUGUUUUGUAGAUUUUUUUGUUGAAAAAAUAAUUUGUCGAUCCAUCGGAUUUGUGUGAGAAAAAAAUUAAUCAAGCGUGUGAAAAAUGAGCUCGAAAGUCUCCAGGGUUGAAUCCACCGCUUCAGCUGCAAACAGUACAUCCAGCAAGAUAGCAAUUGAAGAUGAACGUUCCAUAAAAUGUGUCGUGGUUGGCGACGGAACCGUCGGGAAGACGUCCCUGCUCAUCUCCUAUACUUCAAACCGAUUCCCUACCGAGUAUGUUCCGACGAUAUUUGAUAAUUACACCGCUGAUGUGGUCAUCGACGGGGAAAACCAUAAGAUUGGACUUUUUGACACAGCAGGAGAGGAAGACUACGACAAACUGAGGCCGCUGAGCUACCCCCGGACAGACGUGUUCAUCGUCUGCUUUGCAGUUGACUCUCCAGAUUCCUUCGUCAACAUGAAACUCAAAUGGAUACCUGAACUGCGACAUUACUGUCCGCGAACGCCAAUUCUUUUGGUCGGCACCAAGGCCGACCUGCGGAACGACAUUGAAACGAUAGCGCGGUUACGGGAAAGCAACAUGGAAGUCGUGUCCAACGCGGAGGCGCAAGAAGCACAAAAGAAAAUGCAGCUUUACCACUACUCAGACUGCUCCGCGCUCACAAGGGUCGGGGUGAAACACGUAUUUGACCAGGCGAUAAAAGCAGCAUUGAAAUACCGAAAACAAAGGACAAAGCGGCAGUGUCACAUUUUGUAAUUUCAGAUAAUAAAAGGGACUGUUUUUUUUUAUUGAUACCAAAUUC